AUGUCUCAAGACCAAUACUAUGAUGCUUCUCCAAAAGUUCCACAACAAUCUCCAUUUGAUCAAGGUGAAUUAACUUAUGGUCAACAACAACAACAAGGUGGACAACAUAAUACAAAAAUCAUUUCAAGACAACCAGAUGCUAUAAAACAAAUCACUUAUGCUAAAGAAUAUAAUGUUAAACCUCAAGGUGCUUAUCAAUCCAUAGUUAGUUCAUUAGGUUCAAUUUGUGGUGUUUGUGGUAUUUGUUUCUUAUGUCCUUGUAAAAAUCCUUAUAAUGAUGUUGACCAAGGUUCAAUUGGUAUGAUUACAAAAUUUGGUGAAUUAGCCAGAGUUGUUGAUCCAGGUUCAACUUAUGUUAAUAUUUUCAGUGAAAAAUUACACUCAGUUUCAAUUAGAAUUCAAGUUCAAGAUAUUCCAGAACAAGCUUGUUUAACUAAAGAUAAUGUUAUUGUUUAUCUUAAAUCUGUCUUAUAUUAUAAUAUUAUUGAUCCUCAAAAGGCAGUUUUCGGUAUUUCAAAUAUUCAAAAUGCUAUAGUGGAAAGAACUCAAACUACAUUAAGAGAUGUUAUUGGCUCAAGAGUUUUACAAGAUGUUAUUGAACGUCGUGAAGAAAUUGCUGAAGCUAUUCAAAUCAUUAUUGCUCAAACCGCUGCAGAAUGGGGGGUUCAUGUUGAAAGUAUCUUGAUUAAAGAUUUACAAUUAUCAAAUGAAGUUACACAAUCACUCUCUCAAGCUGCUCAAGCUAAAAGAAUUGGUGAAUCUAAAAUCAUUACUGCUAAAGCUGAAGUGGAAAGUGCUAAAUUAAUGAGACAAGCUGCUGAUAUCUUGGCUUCAAAACCUGCUAUGCAAAUUAGAUAUUUAGACGCUAUGCAAAAUAUGGCAAAAUCUGCAAAUUCAAAAGUUAUAUUUAUGCCAAGUUCUGGUGAAAUUGAUAAAGCUGCUUCAAAUCAAAUUGAAGCUGCAGCAGGUUCAUCAAAAAAUUUACAAGAAAUUGAUGAACUUGAUGAAUUUCAAGAAGAAAAAUUGCAAAAUUUACAAAAACAAUUGGAACAAACUAGACAAUCUGGCGGUGAUCAAGCUGAAAGGUAUAAAGAUAUGAUUGCUAUGAAGGAAUCUUUAGAUCAUUGA